GUUUUGCACAUCAGUGUAAGUCUAACUACCGGUAAACAAGGACUGCAAAGAUGUUUAUCGCAGCUGGAAUUUUGAUUACCGUGGCAAAAAUUACAUACGCAUUUAUCAAACAUAUUCUCGAUAACUUUUUUAUACGUUUUUGGCCAGGCAUCGAAAGGCCGAUCGUCGAAGUGCGCCAGGGUAAAGUGAAAGGUGUAACGGAUAAACUUCCGAACGGAGGAAAAUAUCACUUCUUCAAAGGUAUCCCCUAUGCAAAGCCACCAGUUGGUGAGCUGCGCUUUCGAUCACCUCAGGCACUGGAAAGAUUUAAUAAACCAGAGCUCAACUGUUGCUCAGAUAAGGGUUUUAUCAGGCAAAGUAUGAUCGUUACUGAUUGGCCCGCCAUCGGAACUGAAGAUGGACUGUAUCUCAACAUUUAUACACCUUCGCUGCCAUCGGCUGAGCGAACCGUAAAAUCCCCAGUUAUGGUUUACAUCCAUGGUGGAGCUUUCCGAUACGGUACCGCCAGUAGUGUGCUCUAUGACCCGAAGCAUCUUGUCCAGCAAGGCGUUGUCGUUGUGACAAUGUUUUAUCGCUUAGGCCCGCUAGGAUUUCUUUGUUUGCCGAAUGCCGGCAUCAGUGGGAAUGCUGGACUGAAAGAUCAACGUCUAGCUCUGCAGUGGGUACACGAACAAAUUCAUCAAUUUGGUGGAGACGCCGAAAACGUUACUCUCUUUGGCGAAAGCGCCGGCAGUUGGUCGACUUAUCUGCAUUAUUUGUCGCCAAAUUCAAGAAAAUACUUCCACCGUGUGAUUUGCCAAAGUGGGGAUGCAUGUACCGAGAUGGCCUUCCAAGUCGAUCCAGAAGAGAAAGCGAGAGGCCUUGCGCGAAUCCUAGGAUACAACGGCAACUCCGAUCAAGAAGUGCUAGCCACUUUGAUGAAAGCUACAGCUGGAUCUUUAUUAAACCAUCAAAACGACGUCAUCAGUCCCUCGGAACAGUCCUGUCCUCACCGAUUUCUAUUCAGACCGGUCAUCGAGCGGCAGUUCUCUGAAGAUAGUAUCAUAACGCAAACCCCGGAAGAGAUACUAAAGAGGUAUGACACGAUUCGUAUGCCCAUUAUAUCCGGUUGUAACAGUGCAGAGGGUGCGUUGGCACUUUUUCUGAGCAAAUGUCGCCUUAACGAAUAUAAUCAACACCCGGAAUGGCUUGUGCCACGCUUCAUACGUACUCCCCAGGGUUGGGAUCGUAGAAACCUAGGAUUGCAAGUGAAACAAUUUUAUCUCGGAAAAAGAGAUCUUGGUUGGGAUACUACUAAAGAAACCUGUGACCUGAUGUCCGAUCUUACAUAUCUCACUAGUUCUAAUUUGAGUUUGGAAUGGAUUGCGAAGUAUCAACCGAAUGCCCCUCACUAUCAUUACUUGUUUGAUUACCGAGGCCGAUUGAGCUACGUGGAGAUGUCUCUGAAACUCGGUUUAGAAAAUGGAGCCUAUCAUGGGGACGAUGUUUUCUACAUGUUCAGUCCCUCUUUGCUGCCCUUAUUGCCUGCAAAUAGUGAUGAAUGCAGAGUGCGAGAUUUGUUUGUACGCUUUUUUACCAAUUUCGCCAAAUAUGGCAACCCCACACCAUACGAAAGUAGUCAAGGAGUAACAUGGACUCCGGUACGACCGGUGGAGAGGAGUUCAGCUUCCUUCGAUAUAGACUGCCUGCACAUUAACCAAUCUCCUCAAAUGAUUCGAAAUCAUUACGGGGAAAGAAAGGAGUUUUGGAGAAGUUUAAUAAUAAACCAUACAAACUUGUUUCUGCUGAUGUUGGAAAUUAAAUCGGACGCUUACGACGCUGAUAAACACAACUCAGUCGAGAGCUACUGGUCGCAGUCGAAGGUCGCCUGCCGCCGCGCCGGUUCGAAAAUUAUGUUAAAUUUAGUACUGCUACUUGUCAGGUUCGCCAUUGCCUUGGUGCGAAAAUAUUUCGAAGAUGUUUAUAUACAACAUUGGCCUGGACUCGUGCGACCUAUCGUUAAGGUCAGACAAGGAAAGCUACAAGGUGUUACUUCUAAACUGCCUAAUGGAGCUCAAUAUCACUUCUUCAAAGGCAUUCCAUACGCCAAACCACCUACCGGUGAAUUACGAUUCUGCUCACCAGUGCCAUUGGAGCGAUUUACAAAGCCUGUGAUAAAAUGUCUAAUUGAUAAAAGUGAAUUCAUUCAACCGCACGAAAUUUUUGGAAACUAUUGGAUUGUCGGGACCGAAGAUGCGCUAUAUUUGAAUGUCUACACACCAGAGCUACCGGCAGCAGAGAUGAAAAAAUACCCCGUCAUGGUGUACAUUCAUGGCGGCGGAUUGAAGCGUGGGACGGCAAGCAGUUUUAUCUAUGACCCACGAUACUUUGUCCAGAAAGGAGUUAUUGUAGUGGUAAUGUCCUAUAGGCUAGGACCCUUUGGAUUCCUUAGCAUACCAAGCGCGGGAGUUAGUGGAAACUUUGGACUGAAAGAUCAACGGUUAGCGCUAAAAUGGGUCCAAGAAAACAUUGAAUGCUUCGGAGGAAAUCCAGAAAAUGUUACACUUUUCGGCGAAAGUGCUGGUAGCUGGUCCACUUACUUACAUUACCUUUCGGCAAACUCAAGGAAAUACUUUCAUCGUGUUAUCUGCCAAAGUGGAGACUCCUGUACAGAGUCAGCUCUCCAGGUAGAACCGACUGAGAAAGCUCGUAGACUUGCACGUUACCUGGGAUAUAAAGGAGACUCCGAUCAAGAAGCUUUGGACAUUCUCAGAAGGGCACCAGCCCGACGAUUGCUCAAAUACCAGGACGCGGUUAUCAGUGAACAAGAGAAGGGUCUACCUUUAAAAUUUUUAUUCCGACCAGUCAUCGAACUGGAACUCGGCGAGGAUACUAUUCUGAGUCAAUCGCCAGAGAGUACGUUGAAAUCAUUCGACACUAUCCAGAUGCCAAUAAUCCAGGGAUACACAAGCGGCGAAGGAAUCCUAGCGCUUUCUUUCAACAAAUACAACUUAAAGCAAUUCGACCUACAUCCUGAGUGGCUUAUCCCUCAGCACCUAGGUGACCCGGUUGACCUGAAUAAAACUGCAACCGGCGAAAAAAUCAAACAGUUCUACUGCAAAAGAAAACCAAUAAGUUGGGAAGCAACCAAUGAAAUCAGGGAUCUAUUUUCAGAUUUAACGUUCCUGACCACAUCCAAUUUAAGUGCGGAGUGGUUAGCUAAAUUCCAACCGAAUGCGACUCAGUAUCACUAUCUAUUUUCGUACGAUGGCAGAUUAAGCCUGGUGAAGAGGCUUCUCAACAUGAGCCACAUCGAAGGAACUUCGCAUGCUGACGAUUGUUUGUACAUGUUUAGUCCUCCAUUUCUGCCAGCACUACCAGCGGACAGUGAUGAGGUUCGAGUACGAGAAAUCUUGGUGGAACUAUGGACAAAUUUUGCUAAGCACAAUGACCCAACUCCUGAAACAAGUCGUUUAAGCUUCAAAUGGUUACCUGUGACGAAGACAGAUCCCAAAAUGACGAGCUUCGAUUUAGAUUGUCUCGAAAUAAACGUUAGACCUAGGAUGGUGCGUAAUCCAUUCCCGGAACGAAUUGAGUUCUGGAGAAAUCUGAUGAAGCGGUACACAAACUUAAUCUAAAUGUUAAUAAGAUAAACCAAAGAUGAUUCUAUUGAUGGUUGCUGUUGAUGAUUAAUUGUUGAAUACAGAACAUAUAAUAUGCA